AUGAUUGUGAACAUCCAGACUCACAGCAGAGUCAUCUCCUAUGUGGGCUGCCUGACGCAGAUGUCUUUUUUCAUCCUUUUUGGACAUAUGGUAGGUACUCUUCUGACUGUGAUGGCCUAUGACAGGUUUGUGGCCAUCUGUCCACCCACUGCACUACCCAGGCAUCAUGAGCCCACGCCUCUGUUGCUUCUUAGUUUGGUGUCUGUUUUUGUUAGUCUUUUGGACUCUCAGCUGCACAAUUUGCUUGUCCUACAAGUUGCCUGCUUUAAGGAUGUGGAAAUUUCAAACUUCUUCUGUCACCCUUCUCAACUCCUCAAACUUGCCUGUUUUGAUACUUUCACCAACACCAUUAUUGUGUAUUUUGUUGGCACCAUCUCUGGUUUUUCUCCCUAUCUCAGGGAUCUUUUUCUCUUAACUAUAAAAUUGUUUCAUCAGUUUUUGAGAGUCUCACUAUCAGCUGGGAACAUUGUCGCCAUCUCCCAAGAAGGACUGUGGAAACCUCAGUGGAUGUACACCGUGGUCACCCCCCAUACUGAACCCCAUUCACUACAGCCUGAGGAACAGGGGACAUAA